AUGGCUACUACUAGGAGUGCCAGAAGACAGCUAAUAAGUGACUUGAAGGAGGAGGGAAAGCUAAUUGGGCUGACCGAUGACAGUUUGGCGGAGUGGGUAAAGGAAGAGUUGAGGAGGGUGGAAGAUGCGAAGGUCGAGGUUGUAGCAAAGGUAUGUAACCCUGUACCCCGCUUGAGGGACGUGGCGGCGAUGACGGUGGACGAAGACCUGGGUGCGUAUGUGAGGCAUUUUGAGAGCCAAGCAAAGAGACAAGGCAUUGACCCCAAGGACUGGUCGCUCCUUCUGACGGACAAGAUGAGUGGACAACUGAAGACUUUCCUCGUUGAGACGGGACUGAACUUGCAUCAUGACUUCGAGUCAGUAAAGGUAAAGUUAUUCACGCACGCAGGUUUCAACGAGGAAAAGUAUAGGGUCAGAUUCCACCAGCUGGUACCAACACACGACGAUAUGAGAAGCUUCGCAGUCAACACAGAAGCCGCGUUGAGAGCGUGGGUCCGGCAGUCGGAGACAAAGGAAACGUUUGAGGACUUGGUGAACCUCCUGAUUGUUGAUCGCAUAAAAUCAGUCGUCACACGUGACCUGUUGGGGAGGCUGAAUGACGCCGCCAAGACUGACGCAUCGAAUGUGGGUAUCGCAUGUUGUCUUAUGCAAACAGUGGACGGCAUCCUGCAUCCGGUUAAGUUCUUGAGCAGAAAACUACUGCCACGCGAGCAACGCUUCUCUGUGAUAGAAAGGGAGUGCUUGGCCAUAGUAUGGUCCACACAAAAACUAUCCAGAUACUUGUAUGGAAAAGAAUUCAAGCUGCUAUGCGAUCAUAAACCUCUGGCAUUUCUACAAAGCGCCAACUAUGGCAACUCCCGCAUCUGUCGGUGGGCCCUUGCUCUACAAGAGUUCGCCUUUACAGUAGAACAUAUCAAGGGGACUGAAAACUUUGCAGCAGACAUUCUAUCACGAGUUUUCUAUGACAAAUAGUGUGUUUACCGAUGUUCAGGAAUUUACUAUUUAGGCAUUAUAAUAUGAUUGUAUUGAGACAUGUUUGAUGAACGUAUUAUCGUUGCAGUAUAGUAUGAUGAUGUUAGAGAAUUUAACUAUUGAAGCUUCUCACAUGUAUCAUUAUAGGUUGAGAUAGCCAGACCACGAGCUUGGUGCCCAGCCGAUGAAAUCCUAUAAGCCACACUCUGGACCGAACUCUCCAGGCUGGAUACACGCCACACUCUGGACCGAACUCUCCAGGCUGGAU